UACGAAACCUGGUCCAUUUCAGCCAAGUUCCCAGUUCUUCCAGCGCCAGCUCUGCUCUGCAUUACCCAGCUUCAUUUGGCUUUUUUCAUACCUAAACCAAUUUUGACACGGUGACAGGAAACUAUUAUCCAGUUUAGGACGAGCCACCCAUUUCAUCACUUUAUCCAUUUCUUGCUUUGAUCCCGAUUUGGAUAUAUUUCUUUAAAGGUUGUUAACAUUUUUUUCCGGUUACCUGCAAGUGAAUUCAGAAUCAUUCGAAAGUUUUGUUUUCGAAUAAUUUCCUGUGGGAGAAAGCAUCUCUCCAGUGGCAUUUUGACCGGUAUGCGUGUGGCCAUGACUGGAGACUGAGCUCAAAACAAAAGAAACGUGGGAACGUCGGCUGGAUCUCUCUUUUUCUAUUACAACUGUCUCUGGGAUGUAAGACGUUUGCUUUGUUUUUCAUCAUCAUUUGCAAAGGAAUUAACCUUUUCCCCAAGAAGAAGUUAUGGCGAGGCCUUUGUUGAACAUGCGUCUUAUUCUGGCUUUGUUCGGAUUAUUUUUGCUGUCUUGUCCAUCGGCGAGAGCCGAGCCGGAGCCUCAGGAUGAAGAGGAGGAGGAGAGCUCCUGUCAGGGCGCGUUUGACCUCUAUUUUGUGCUUGAUAAGUCUGGCAGUGUGAAGAAUCACUGGGAGGAAAUCUACUAUUUUGUGGAGAAUUUAGCUGAAAAAUUCAAAAGUCCCAUGCUAAGGAUGUCCUUCAUAACAUUCUCCUCCAGAGCGUCCACCAUUAUGAAACUGACAGAAAACAGAGUGAACAUUAGAAAGGGGCUGAACGCUCUGAAAAAAGAGAAACCUGGUGGAGACACAUUCAUGCACCUUGGACUGCAGGAGGCAAAUGAGCAGAUACAACGGGAGAACUUUGGUACUGCCAGUGUGAUCAUUGCACUGACAGAUGGAGAGUUGCAGGAACAUCAGCUCAUCACUGCACAGGAAGAGGCAGAGAGAGCCAGGUCUCUUGGAGCUAUUGUGUACUGUGUUGGUGUCAAAGACUUCAAUGAGACACAGCUGGCCACCAUUGCAGACACCAUUGAGCAUGUGUUUCCUGUGUUGGGGGGCUUCCAUGCCCUCCGGGGAGUCAUUGAUUCGAUCAUCAAGAAAUCCUGCAUUGAAAUUUUGGCAGCUGAGCCCUCCAGUGUGUGCGCAGGAGAGUCUUUCCAAGUAGUGGUGAGAGGAAACGGAUUUUUCCAUGCCAGAAACAUCAACCAGGUGCUCUGCAGCUUCAAAAUCAAUGAUACCGUUACAGUCAAUGAAAAACCAGCUGAAGUACAAAACACAUUCUUAUUGUGUCCAGCUCCUGUCAUUGAUGAAGUUGGGAAGGUGAUUUAUCUCCAAGUGAGCAUGAAUGAUGGUCUGUCUUUCAUCAGCAGCAACGUGCACAUCACUACCACAGAGUGUUUUGAUGGCACCAUCCUCCUGAUCACCCUGCUGGUGUUGUUCCUCCUGCUGGCCUUGCUCUUCAUGUGGUGGUUCUGGCCUCUCUGCUGCACUGUGGUGAUCAAAGAACCGCCUCCUCCACCUCCUCCUGAGCCAGAGUCUGACGAUGAAGACGGCAUGCCAAAGAAGAAGUGGCCUACUGUGGAUGCUUCAUAUUAUGGAGGAAGAGGAAUUGGAGGAAUCAAGAGAAUGGAGGUGCGCUGGGGAGGAAAGGGUUCCACCGAGGAGGGUGCUAAGCUGGAGAAGCCGAAGAAUGCUGUGGUGAAAAUGCCAGAGCAGGAGUAUGAACCCUACGAGCCCAAACCUAAGAAAUCUCAGAACAAGAAGCCGCCUCAGAGCCGGAAGUGGUACACGCCCAUCCAGGGUAAACUGGAUGCUAUCUGGGCUCUGUUUCGCCGUGGGUAUGACCAGGUCUCCCUGAUGAGACCCCAGCCCGGGGAUCAUGGUCGAUGCAUCAACUUCACCAGAGUGAAGGAUGAGUCAGCAGCAGCCAAGGCCCCACCUCGCACCCCUAUCCACACGCCCUCACCGCCGCCACAGGUCUGCCCGAUGACUCGCACCUCCUCCACAUCUCCCACCUCCACCAGCCCUCCAGCCAGAUCACCCCCAUCAGGCCCAUCAGGCCAGGUACCUCCAGGUCCACCACCAUCCCGCAUGCCCCCAGGGCUUCCCUGUCCACCGCCAUCACGUCCCCCGCCCAGCCUCCGACCCUGAAUCACAUAGACACACCCCUCCAACUCCCCAAUGCACCCGCUUUAAUUUCACAGACUCGCUGUUCUGCUGACCAUGUCUUUCAGUUUGAAGGCUGUGGUCCUCGCUGCCAAAGAUGCUCCUGCUAUAAACCAAAGAUCAGCAGUAUUUCGAUUCCUUUCUUGUAUGUGAAUGAGUGUCAAGUCAAACUGUGAGCUGGCAAUUUACAGUAAGUCAUUUCACACAUGCUACCAACUAGCAUGAUCAAUUUGGGAGGAAAAACUGUUGGAAUUCAUGAGAAACUUGUUAUGAAACCUGAAAUUUUACAAGCCUCAAUGUUCUCUAACUGUUCAUGUGCCAAAGUUAAGAGUGGACUUUAAAACUGACUAGCAGGUUGACUUGAUGGUCUGUCCCAUACAGAGUGAAUGGUGUGAUUUGAGGAAUUGUUUUACUUCGUGUUGGCAUUUGUGAGAUCAGGGACGAUUGUUGCUGGACAGCAUUGCAUGUAGGGACAGAGGUCCACAGAAAAACACUGCAAUGGACGAACAUUCUUUGUUGUCUUUAUAGACUACUGAGUUAUGCCAUUGUUAUUGAAAGUUAAGGUGAAACGUAGGAUGUACAGGGAAAUCUGCAUAACCACAUUAAAUUUGGAGCAUAACUGGUGUAUUUCUCCAUUGCUGUGAGGAGUUGGAAACUGAAUUUAAAACCAAUAUCACAAUUUCGCUUUGGACAUUUGUUCUAAAUACAAUAGGGAAUUUUUUCCCCAUUCAGUUUUAUUGUGAUGUUUCUUUUAGCCAACAACACACCUACCCAACAAAUACCAGCCCUUCAAUAAUUUGUGGUGGGGUCUUUGUACCAUUCAAGGACAGGGAAGUGUACAAAUAUUAUACGAAAGGUAUGUUUUUACAAUAUAUAUUUGAGAUGUGUUUUUGAAUGCUGCAGUAUGUUGGGCUUUGGAUUUUGUCCUUAACCACCUUUUCAUGUAGUUGAAUUUAGAUUACAGCAAUAUGUAUUUUUGUUAGUUGUUUUUUUUUUUUUGUAUCUUCGCACAUAGACUGCUGGGCAUCUACAGUAUGUAUUUGUUUUUGUUAGCAUAGGGACAUUGAAACACAUGAAAUCCAGCAACCAGAAAUCAGGUCAAUGUCUCUCCUCACAUUUUUAUACUCAGUUGUGAUACUGUACUUUGAUACCGUUGUGUGUGUUUUAUGUCUUCAGAUUUAUCAUCACCGGUCACAUUGUAACUGCAGGGCAGUUCAAAGAGCAUCUAAUUUAUUUUACUCCCCGCGAGAAAUAGAGGAGAGUACUUGAAUAUCGACAAGGUGUCCAACCACCAAGACGGACACCGUGUGCAGAAUUUAGCCAGUUAGAAGUCAUGCAAGGCUUAUCUUUCUUUCUCAACUCCUCAGCUACACUGAAAUUAUUUGUUGAAACUGAAAGUGGGGUUACAUUUUAUGCUGUGUGAAUUGGAUAAAAACACUGAAAACUGGUGUGCAUUAUGCCUUCUAGGUCUUUUCUAGCAGAUGAAAUGACACCGCUAGUAAUAUCAUUCCAAUUUGUAAAAGAAAAAAAAUCGGGAAAAUCAGAAGCGUGGGAUUUUGACUUCACUGUGUAGAAAAGAGGUUGAAAGUAUUGCUAUUCCUUCCAUAUCCAGUGCCUUUUGGCAUUUUCUUCUUUGAUUUUUUGUUUUAUACUUUUGUUUUAAUGUGCGUCAUUCAGUUAUGUCUUGUACCGUUGUGUUACUACAUGCAUUUGUAAUCAGUCACAGUGCCUCAAUAGCUGCUCCGCUGCUGAGCUACAGGAAACAUACAGUACAUACACAAAUCACAAAUGUGUAUAAUUUACAUUUUCACUGAAAAUGCCUUUUAAUUUGUCACCUAUAGUUCAGCUUGAGUUGAAUGAACAUUUAAUAAUAGUGCUUUCUCUAACAAUUGCCAAAUUAUUAUUAUAACCAUAAUGAAAGUGAGAUAUGGACUAGAUAAUAUCAUACAAUAUCUAACAAUUUUCCAGCAUUAAAUAUGACCACAUUUUCGUAACCCUUUUAGGUUCUGAUCCUAAAAAUAUGGAAGAGGAUUAGGGCCACUGUACAAAAUUUGAGUUCUGACUUUUUUCUGACUCUGAGAUUAAAGUCAGAAUUCAGAUCCCUUAUCCUCUUCUGUAUAAAAAGGACCGUUACCAAGGAGGGGAAAUGUUAUUUUAUUUUACAAGUUUACAAUCAUUUCCUUAGAAAUUUCACUGACAGAAGAUAUUAUUUCAUUAGUACACUUUUACACAAUUUGUAGUUCAUUCCAGCCAUUUGGUAGCAUUUCCACAGUAACACUGACCUAUGUAGGGAGCUGACAGGCUUUUCCAUGUAAUUUAUUGAAAGUAACACAUAAAACAACAGAUGUCUGACCUAUGGUAGACCAUAAAGAACUUGGCUGUGCCUUAAAAAGUAAACUGUUUAUCAGAUCCCAAACCCAGCAACAUCUAAUAUGCUGCACCAUCAAACUGCAUCUUUGUUUGACAUCCUUUUGCACCACUCAUGUUACUGAGCUAAACUCUGGGACUUUAAACCAAAGCAGAUCUCAUCACUGCAGGUGAAGUUAAUUAAUCACACCAAGUAAACAGGAGGAAUGGAUGUAUUUCUUAUUCUACUUGGAUCUUUAGCUAGAGAUACGGUACAACGCUUCCUUGGUCUCAGCAGUGCAUCCUUCCUAAUUCUGCUCAACUCUAUUAAAACCAAUGUAAGAAUUUAGGUAUAAAUGCAGUAUAGAUACAAGAUCAGUGCUAGAAAGGAAACUCCCGCAGUUGUUAACACCAUUAGAGUUGUUAUACCGAACAGAAAUGAUUUAAGAUGCAUUAUGUUAACCAGUAUAAACAGCAGUACUGAAGCAAAUAUGAAGACGUAUAUGAUUUUCUUUGUUGGUCGACAUGUUUUUUUUAAUCAAUAAAGGUUGA